UUUUAUCAAUAUGAUCUUUAAUAAAUAAUGUAUAAAUAACCAAUUUCAAAAUUGGUGGGUGGAGUUUAGUUGGUGUUUGGCGCAUGCGCUUUUAGUCGUGAUCGAUCUUUCUGAACUUGACCGUUGUAAAAAUAUACGCCGCUUUUUAGCUUGGAAAUGUGUUUUCAACAUACCGUGCCGUGUGUGUGGCAUGACUAAUGAAAUGGCUUGGCAGUAACUGAAAAAGGGUUAGUUAAAAAGAAAAAAAAAGGUUUGACGGACUCAUACGUGUUAUCAGUACUUAGGAGCGGAUGAAAACAGAGUUGAGAAUCGCGACGGUGGAGUGUGUUUGUGAUAAGACUUUUUGUCGCUUCAUAGAGGGUAGUUUUCUCUUCGAGAACGAGCGGAAUAAGUAUAUUUUUUCUCUAGCUAAUUCUGUUCCUGUGUCAGUGUCCUGUGCGCAAAAUGUCGCUAGAUAAUCUGAGUGAUACGGAACUGCGAAGCAAACUUGUCGAGCAUGGCUUUCCCGCCGGUCCGGUCACGCAAUCGACAAGAAAGAUUCUUGUUAAAAAGCUAAAGAAUCUCCUUGAAGCAAAAGGCGGUAGUUCCUCCAGACUCUCAUUAGCGGCAAGGUACAGCAGUGAUGAAACAGAUGAAGAUACCACGGGAAUUUCAAACAAAAAAAAGAAGGCCAAUGCAGCCUCUCGGCGGCAAACUUUGGCCAAUCCAAUGCCCCCGCCUUCGUCGACGUCUGUCGUUUCCAGCAUCUCGAGCACAUCAAAGUCUCCAGCGAAAAAAAGAUCUUCGCGAAAUUCCGAAUCUGCCGACUCUGAAUACAGUUCUUCUGCUCCAUCCUCGAUGAACCGAACAAUUGGACUAACAGAACAGGCCAAAUUUACAAAAAAUUACAAAUUUUCCUCGCCGAACGAUGGAUUGGAGACAGGUUCCGACUCGGACAUGCCUGAAGAAUUGGACAGAACUUUCCAGCCUCCGAAGUUUGGCGACACCUCAAAGUCGUACGACUCAAGAGCUCGGAAUCAAAGUCUUUCGGAACUCGGGCAGACCUCAAAGUCAUACGAAAGUAAAUCAAAGUCUGUGUACGUAACAAAAGACGAAAAGUUUCCACCACCUCAGUAUAAAAGCACACCAUCUCCACCAGUCACACCAAGUAGAGGAGAUUCUGGGAAAGAGUUUGGAAGCCCUCCUGGAAACCAGGGCGAUAUUCUUGCCAAUUACGAUACACCGUUUUUGUCAGAAUUUACGAGAAGACUCAGUUCAAGAACUUCUAUUCAUGUACCUCAAAUUUCCAAACCCUCUCCUAAGAAUCCGGUUUAUCGUCAGGCUUCGGGUCUGUCGUCAGAACUUAAAGAAGCUGACACAAACGGCCAUUAUUCUACCUCGAGGUCUUCAUAUCCAUCAAGUUCGACCACCAGAUACAUCACAUCUACUAUGGACAGAUCCAGGGACGUUCUUAAAAGGACGCUAAAGCCAUCAACAAAAACCAAGGAUGAUAUAAAAAACUACCAGAACAUGGUCUCAAUGAUUCUGGUGAUAGUGGUGGCUGUAUUCUUUGGAAUAUUGGCAGUAGUUUACCUGGGUCUCGGAGGAAAAACGGAACCCGUAACAUCGCUUCCUGCUGAUAGCAACGUUCCGCUCUGCAUUCCGGAACUGGUCAAUCAAAGUCAUCCAGGAGUAAAUUGCGUAUUGGAGGAAAGCCUCGAAAACGUAUUUGCAUUACUGAAACGAGUUCAGCUGAUUUUAAUUCAGAAAUCAGUGGCAGCUGUAUGCGAGGAUUCACAAGUAAAACCUUAUCUUAAGGACGAAGAGAUUAUCAAAAUGUUCACUACUCCUAAAGUCUCUGACUUUAUCGUGAAGCAGGAUCUGCAUAAUGCACAAAUUCUGGUAAUUGCAAAUCCAAAAUGGGGAAUAUCACUGGUCGAGAUUGAUCCAGAAAAUAAAGGAUCGACCCAAGUUGUAGACACGAUGGAGAAUGUAUUCUUAGUUCGCGUGGAAGGCAAACUCGGAAUGCAAAUCUUGAAUCCAGAUCUGCCGAUGCAGUGUCUGAUCAAGCGAAAAGUUUUCACCUUGUUCUCCUCGCUGCUCUUUUUGGCUUUUGGUGCACUGCUUCUGAUUGGUGGCCACAAAUUGACCACUUGGUACAUACAAAAUAAAAAGAAAACCGAGAUGGAGGUAUUUCACCUUGUCAGUGAAAUCAUCAGAAUGGUGGAGAUCAAUCAUCAAAGUUCUGCAACAACUAGUCCCGGCGGUACCCAGGAAAGUUACCUUGCUAUAAAUCACGUUCGUGACAAUCUCAUACCCCCGAAAAAUCGAAAGAAGAUGGCCGCUACUUGGGAAAAAGCUGUUAAAUUUUUAGACGAGAACGAGUCGAGAAUUCGUAGAGAAGUGCAGCAAGUUGCAGGAGAAGAAUUUCAUGUGUGGCGUUGGUUGCCGACUGGCAGUUUGAACACGUCAGGUGUCCUCAAUUCUAGUGGAUUAAAAAAAACGAAAGUUUGGCAAGGACAGGCCUUCGAAACGAUGGAGGGUUCGGUAAAUAGUUUGCCAUGUUCUCCAACGCCUUGUCUCAAGAUACGGAACAUGUUCAAGCAAGACGGCGAGUUCGAGGAAGAUUGGGAAACUAAAGUAAAAGAUGCGAUACUCGAAAAGUGUGGAGAAGAUGUCAAUAUUUACCACAUCAAUGUUGAUCGUGGCAGUCGCGAGGGUUGCGUCUACAUGAAAUGUAUGUCGCAGGAGGAUGCUGGAAAAGCUUAUAGAGCUUUGCACGGCUGUUGGUAUGAUGGCCGUUUGGUCACUGUGAAGUACCUGAGACUGGAGAGAUACCAUGAACGUUUCCCAGACGCUGUAUAUUUCACGACUCCACUGAAGCCAAGUAACAACCAACGGCUUUCUUUGCAGUCGAAUUUCUGGCAGACGCCCAUGGAAGCCAAUUAACGUUAUUGUAUUCGUUUCGGGCGAAAAGUACUUUUUCCCUUUGCCUCGAUCAAAUUUCUCGACCUCGAGUUAGGUGUCAUGAAACAAAAUGUUUCUAGGCGCAUCAUCUGUUACCUGACUUGAAAGAAACGCGUGAAAACGCAUCUUAAGAAUUCGAGUACAUGCACGAGUUUUUAUUUUAUAACGUAAGUCUCUACCUGAUUUCAACGAGUUGCAUGAUGGCUACGAAAAAUUCAAAAGUCCAUAUGAAUGUUAUAAUAUCUAAUUUUAUAGCAACGAUAAUUGAGGUAAUGCAGCUGACAAAUGCUAAUCCUCGUGAAUAUUUUAGUUUUGUAAGACAAAUGUCCAGAAAUGCCAUUUUAAAGUCCUCGAUUUCUUCCGAAUUUGAGAAAUGAACAAGAUGUAUGUGAUUUCAUUGUGAAGCAGAUAAGGCAACUAUAACACAAAUUUCUUUAGAUAAUUUUUUUUGUUUUUGUUUUGCUUUACCAAUGUCUCUUUAACUUAAGAUUUUUGAAAGACUCUGAUUUUAAAACGACGAAGUUAACUUGCAAUCCGUAUUGUAUUUAGCAGUAUUAAGAUGACAUGACUUUUAGAUAUUUUUGAUUCAACUGUGUUGAAACUCAAAAAAAAAAAAAAAAAAAAUUGGUCUUUGUUCCUUUCUCGUUUUUGAGUCAUUGGUAAUAUUAUUGAUUCUGUGUAAUCGGUUGUACGCCUGUUAAAAUAACUCAUCGAUUGGACAACGCAGCAUCAACAGAAAGUGAUUCGCACACUGCUGCUUGUGAGCUGUAAAUACAUUAAAGAUUUAGAUUUUAUUA